GUUAUUCAAGAUUCAUAACUGUGCCAAGUAUACUCAAAGUAAAUCCCCAAAUUAUUAUUUACAACUCCAUAAAUACCUGCGGAUUUAAGUACUUAGAUAGUGCAUUGCAUACCAAUUUGAAAUUACAAAAAUUGCAAGGUUCGCAGUAAAUGAACAUAUUAUUGAAAAUUAAUCUACUUGUAUCACUAAUUCUUCAAGCAAACAAGGAAAGGUCGUACCAAGCGGUACCUGGAUGUUCGAGUGUUUAACACCUUGUCGAGUUACGUAUUAUCUCAAAGAAGACGAAUAAAAUUGGUCUCAGCGCUUAGGUAUAAUACAGCAAUUUCAUCACUUACUAAAUGAAUCCCAGUAUAAAUUGAUUCAACGAUUUCUCCAAGUCUCAUAAUACUCAGUUUCAAUUCCAAUGCCGAGUGUGAAAAAAAGGCAGAAAUGUUCAUCGUUCAUUUUAAACUACUAACAAUUUUUUUACUGAUUAUCGCCAGUAACGGGUUCUCUUUGGAUACUGAUUGGUGGAAACACACGAUUUUAUACGAAAUUUACGUACAGUCGUUCAAAGAUAGCAAUGGAGAUGGUAUGGGUGAUAUUAAAGGAAUUACGAACAAACUGGAUCACUUUGUCGACUUGGGAAUCGAAACGCUUCACUUAUCGCCAUUCUUUCUCUCGCCAAUGAUGGAUUCAGGAUAUGAUGUAUCUAGCUACACUGAAAUUAAUCCAUUAUUCGGAACAAUGGAAGAUUUUAACGAAUUGAUAAACGAGAUGAAACGUCGAGCAGUGACGAACAUCCUUGGUUUGGAAAAUCCAUCGAAAGAAUUGAUCCGUACACGAAUUUCUACAUACGUAUGGGUCGAUCCUAAAGGAUAUGAUUCAAAAGGACAGCCCAUUCCGCCAAAUAACUGGGUGAAUUUAUUUGAAGGCAGUGCUUGGGAAUGGAAUGAGAAAAGAGGCCAAUUUUAUUUACACCAGUUCGCCAUUAAACAACCUGAUUUCAAUUUACGCGAUGCCGAAUUGAAAAAGGAAAUAAAGAAAAUCAUGAAAUUUUGGUUGGACCGAGGUAUGGCUGGUUUCCGACUGGAUGCCACGAUGCAUUAUAUCGAAGAUAGAUAUUUCAGAGACGAACCAUUCGUAGAUCCAAGCAAAACGCAAAUUACUACGUGGGACGACUUGAAACACAUAUACACGACCGACUUGUGGGAAUCUUAUGAAUUUAUACACGAACUCAGGGAUUUCACGGAUCAAUACACUAUGGGGAAACGACAGCAAUUUGAAAGGAUUUUGGUAGCCGAAGCGUAUACAACUGUAAAUCACACGAUGGCUUAUUAUGGCACAGACAAUUAUCGCAUAACACACUUUCCUUUCAAUUUUGAAUUCGUCGAUCUGCAUAAUUUCGUGAACGCUACCUUAUACGACGAUUUUAUAUUAGAAUGGUUGAAAAAUAUGCCGAAAGAUGCGACUCCGAAUUGGGUGGCAGAAAAUCACGAUAAUAAGAGAAUCGGUAGCAGAUUAUGCGAAGAGUACAUGGAUAUUGUAACCAUCACAAUCAUGACGCUACCUGGUACAGCAUGCGUUUAUUAUGGGCAAGAAAUCGGUAUGACUAAUAGCUACGUUCGACCUGACCAACGGAAAGAUCCGAAUAAUGAUGCAACGCCCAGCGCUCAAAGCAGGGAUGGUGAGCGACUUCCGAUACAAUGGGACGAUACGAUGAAUUCAGGGUUCACAUCAAAGUACAUACCGUGGCUCCCUGUGCAUCCGAAUUAUUGGAAAGUCAACGUUGAAAAACAAAAAUCCCAAGAAGUCAGCAGAUACAAUAUAUUCAAAGCACUGUCGCAGAUCAGAAAAAGAAAAACCAUGAAAAAUGGAGAUUUCAAAUCGUACAUUGUUUCUGAAUGGGUCUACGCGUUUACUAGAUCGUAUCGCCGAUACGAAACAUACAUAACGGUUUUGAAUUUGGGCAGUGAAAUCGAACCGGUCAAUUUACACGACGUCAUCAGCAACUUGCCAUCAACUUUGCAAGUGGUUGUAGCCAGUGUUAAUGCAGGCUUUGUAAAAGGGGAUCAAAUUCGAAGUGUACCCAAGUUUCCGAGAAUGUUCUCAAUGAGGCCUUUAUCCGCCAUCGUUCUAACCACCAGAGCUCAAACCAAGCCUCCUGUAUUCAGAACGGAACUAAUCGACCCAAGAAUGAAUAAGAAUUCAAUAGAAAUUUAAGAUGUAAAUUUCUUUGACAAUAAACAUGUACCUAUCCCGUGACAAAAA